CAGCGGAGUGGAGGCCGCUCCUGGGGUUUGCUGAGGUUGACUCCCUUCCCCACUUCCUAAUUGCGUGCAAAGCGCCGCGCGCCCAGAGGACGGGGGCCGGGCGGGGACAGGGGCACCUGCGUAGCUGGACCGCGAGCCCGCGUCCAGCCUGCACUGCCCCACCCGGCCCCGGCCCAAUCCCAACCGUUCCCGGUCUCCUCUCGUUCCGACUGAUUGCCUGGCCCUGGUACGCCACCACCAGCUCUCCGAAGCUGAGGACCUUCCUCCACUCCAGGCUCACCUUCACUUUAAAAAUGUUUGGCUUCUUCCUUCCUAGACAGCCAGCCUUCAAAACCGGGACUCCUGGACCGGCACCUGGUCCCCGUUCUCUCCACUGAGGCCCCGCUCACCUCUAACCCACUUCUCAGAUUCUUGAUUCUCUCUCCCUUAGUCGGAGACUUACUAUUUCCCUUUCAAAUUAAUCCCUGACUUCCCACCACCUCCCUCCCCAAUUUUUUUGGCAACCUUGCCACCUCUCUCAACCAAGAGCCAGACUUCCUUUUGACUAACUUCCGUAGCCCUAUCAUGGAGGCUGUGUACCUGGUGGUGAAUGGUGUGGGCCUGGUGCUGGACGUGCUGACCUUGGUGUUGGACCUCAACUUCCUGCUGGUGUCCUCCCUCCUGGCUUCCCUGGCCUGGCUUCUAGCCUUCAUCUACAACCUGCCACACACUGUACUGACUAGUCUUCUGCACCUGGGCCGCGGAGUACUGUUUUCACUGGUGGCCUUGAUCGAAGCUGUGGUCCGGUUCACUUCUGGGGGCUUUCAAACCUUGUGUACCCUGCUGUACAGCUGCUGCUCUGGUCUGGAGAGUCUAAAACUCCUGGGACACCUAGCCUCUCAUGGGGCAUUGAGGAGCCGGGAUAUGCUGCAUCGAAGUGUCCUCAAUAUUGUCUCCAAUGGUCAUGCUUUGCUGCGCCAGACCUGUGACAUCUGUGCCAUUGCCAUGAGCCUGGUGGCCUACGUGAUCAACAGCCUGGUCAACAUUUGCCUCAUUGGCACUCAGAAUCUCUUCUCCUUAUUGCUGGCCCUAUGGGAUGCAGUGAUGGGGCCACUGUGGAGAAUGACGGACAUUAUGGCUACCUUUGUAGCUCACAUUUCCAGCAGUGCUGUAGCCAUGACCAUCCUUCUCUGGACCCCCUGCCAACUAGCACUGGAGCUCCUGGCCUCAGCUGCGCACCUCUUGGCCAGCUUUGUGCUUGUCAAUCUUACCAGCCUGGUGCUGCUGGCUUGCGUGUUGGCAGUAAUAGCGACUGUGUUGCACCCGGACCUCACCAUGAGGCUGGCCACCUGGGCACUCAGUCAGCUUCACGCCUGGCCAUCCUACCGCCGGCUUCAAGAGGAUGUUGUGAGGCUGUCUCACCUAGCACUGGGCUUGGAUGCUUGGCGCCAAGUCUGGAGCCGCAGCCUGCAGCUGGCAAGCUGGCCUAACUGGGGAGGGGCACCAGGGGCUCCCCAGGGUGGCCCUAGGAGGAUGCCCUCAGGCAGGACCUGGCAACAGAACACUCUUCCUGAAGCAGGGACCAGAUCAGAGGCAGAAGAGGAAGAAGUCGAAAUGGCCAGAGUGACAGCUGCCUGGGGCCGGGAGAGGCUCAAUGAGGAGGAGCCUACAGCUGGGCAAGACCCAUGGAAGUUGCUGAAGGAGCAAGAGGAGCGGAAGAAGUGUGUCAUCUGCCAGGACCAGAGCAAGACAGUGCUGCUUCUGCCCUGUCGGCACCUGUGUCUCUGCCAGGCCUGCACUGAAAUUUUGAUGCGCCACCCAGUCUACCACCGCAACUGCCCGCUCUGCCGACAGGGCAUUCUGCAGACCCUCAAUGUCUACCUCUGAAAACUCCACCCUCCUUGGCCACUCCUCCAGCUCCACGCUUUACACAGGCCCUGUGUUAGGACAGUGUUAACACCUGAUCUCUGGGUCCUGGCUUGAAUUUCCUUCUGCCCUCAUGGCUGUCAUGCCAAGCCUCCAAGCCAUACAUCCAGGACAUUGAGAUGGGAUAUCUUGGAAGACUGUGACCUGGGUGGGGGCAGGGUAACAGCUUUUCAUGACUCUGUGGGUCUCUGUGAUGCUGAGGGUGGUAUGUCACUAUGCCAGACCCUGAGACUGUUAGCAGUGGACACCCCUCCAGUUUGCCAGGACCUACUCAAAUGCCAGCCUCUAGGGCUCCCCCUCUCUGCUUCUGGUUUUUCUGUUGGGGAUUUGCAGGUCCUUUCCCUGCCCCCUCUCCACUGUCUCCCCAGCUUUUGCAGCCACAACACAUCGGUGUCAUUUGGGUGUUUUUGCAACUCAAGGGCCUUGGAAUGAUGUUGAACUUUUGCUUUCAGGCAGAGUUCUUGUGCCUGGUAGGUUUUGGGGGUAGCGUCUCUCAGGUGCCCUUAGAGCUACCACUUUUGCCUGUCAUGAUCUUAUGAGGCACCCUCCCAACAUUAUCCAACAGCUGGGGUCAGGAGUUUAUCCUUGGGGGCAGAGGCAUGCAUGUGCAUCUGGCUUUGGGACCAAGAAUCCUCACACCCCAGCUUCAUUGGAAGCCUCAGGAGAGAGAACCAGAUUUCUAUUUAUUUCUAUUUCUAUUUCUAUUUCUAUUCAUAUUCCUUUCACUCCCCACAUCACAGAAAAAUGGCAUUCCUCUUCUGUUUGUCUCUCCCUGGCAUUGGGGAGGGUAGACUGCACAUUCCAGUAGGGUCCAAACACAGUAGCGGCCAGGCCUAGGGGCAUGCAGUUCCCUGAGGGGUCUUUUGGCCCAGUUUCUAGUGAAUAAAGUGUUUUUUGACA